GCAGCUCCAACCCCGCCAGCUGCUGCAGCGCAAGAGAGCACGUGCGAGCGGUGCCGCCCGGGUGCUGCCCCGGGGAAGACACAUAGGAACGGAGGCAGGCUCGUUGCCCGUUUUCAUUGCCCCGUGGCUGCGGCCGGCGACCCUCCGGUGCCAAGGGAGAGAGGGGCGGCCAAGCGCAGCGGAGACGCGGGGCAGCAUCUGAUCCGCUCCAGGGAAGCGGAGAAGCCGCACGCCCUGGCCCCGGAGCAGCAGGCGAAACUUCCCCGCAGCGCGUUGCGCGAUCGCAGGGGAACCCGCCCCAAGGCUGGGGAGGCAGCUCCACGGCCAGAGGUGGGAAGCGUUCGAGCAGCCGGCGAGGGGAGGGGAGCGGAGGGAGCGCGCUGUCCCCCAGCCCCGCACUUCAGGGGGUGGGGAAAGAAGCCCUGGGCAAAGGGACCUCCCCGCAGGAGAGACUGAAAAGGAGCCAGAGAAGGGGGGGGAAGCGCGAGCCUAAGGAAAGUCCCCCUCCUCCCCCGCCAGCAGCGACUUUGCGGCUGUCCCGACUCCGGAUCAGGAUGCGGCUCCUACUGCUGCUGCUCCCCGAGCUACUCCUCCUGGUGCCGGCUCAGAAGUUCUCCGCGCUCACGUUUUUGAGAGUGGACCAAGACAAAGACCGAGAAUGCAGUCUGGAUUGUGCAGGAUCCCCUCAGAAGUCACUUUGUGCUUCUGAUGGAAGGACUUUCCUGUCCCGUUGUGAAUUUCAACGAGCAAAAUGCAAAGAUCCUCAGUUGGAAAUUGCAUAUAGGGGCAACUGCAAAGAUGUUUCCAGGUGUGUGGCAGAGAGGAAAUACACCCAGGAACAAGCCCGCAAGGAGCUUCAACAAGUUUUCAUUCCCGAGUGUAAUGAUGAUGGCACAUACAGCCAGGUUCAGUGUCAUAGUUACACAGGAUACUGUUGGUGUGUCACUCCCAAUGGACGUCCAAUCAGCGGUACAGCUGUAGCACAUAAAACUCCACGGUGUCCAGGGUCUAUAACUGAGAAGUUGCCACAACGAGAAGGUGCAGGAAAUACAGAUGAUGCCUCAGCUCCCGCGCUGGAGACUCAGCCUCAAGGUGAUGAGGAAGAUAUAGCUUCUCGUUACCCUACAUUAUGGACUGAGCAAGUAAAGAGUAGGCAAAACAAAACCAAUAAAAAUUCAGCAUCGUCAUGUGAUCAAGAACUUCAGUCAGCUCUGGAGGAAGCUAAACAACCCCAAAAAGACAAUGUGUUCAUUCCAGAGUGCGCUCAGGGUGGCCUUUACAAACCUGUGCAGUGUCAUCCUUCCACAGGCUACUGCUGGUGUGUUCUUGUAGACACAGGACGUCCCAUCCCUGGUACAUCAACUAGGUAUGAACAACCUAAGUGUGAUAACAGCGCCAGAGCUCAUCCAACCAAAACAAAGGAUUUGUACAAAGGACGCCAGCUUCAAGGUUGUCCAGGGGCCAAAAAGAAUGAGUUCCUGACCAGUGUUCUGGAUGCACUCUCCACCGAUAUGGUCCACGCAGUCUCCGAUCCAUCGUUGUCUUCCAGCAGGCUUUCAGAACCUGAUCCAAAUCAUACUCUGGAAGAGAGAGUGGUCCACUGGUAUUUCAAACAACUCGAUAAAAAUUCCAGUGGUGAUAUUGGCAAAAAGGAAAUCAAGCCGUUCAAGAGAUUCCUGCGAAAAAAGUCAAAGCCCAAAAAAUGUGUGAAGAAGUUUGUAGAAUACUGUGAUGUGAACAAUGACAAAUCCUUAUCAGUUCAAGAAUUAAUGGGUUGUCUGGGCGUAACAAAAGAAGACGGUAAAGCAGACACAAAGAAACGCCACACCCCCAAAAGUAAUCCUGAAAGCACUUCCUCCAACAGGCAGCAAAGCUCUAAGAAGCAAGGAUGAACAGCUUACAUAUCCAAGCCAGAUCUCUUUGACAUGUGGGAGAUUUCCUCAUCAAAAGGCAA